AUGAUCUCCGACGGCGACCUCUACCGCUUGGCCAUCUUCCUGGGCUCAUGCGCCAUGAUGAUGAUCGUUCUAUACCACUUCCUCGAUGUCAAUGCCCGCGACGAUAAGGAGCCCGCCGAGAGCAACUCCGUGAAGCCCGCCCGCGCCGCAGCCAAGGCCACGUCGACCCCAGCUUCAGAGAGUACACCUACUACCUCGCCACCCACGGGGAAUGCGCUAUAA